UCGAAUCGAUUCACCUCCGCCUUUUUAGCUGCGUGCGGAUCGCUGCCUGGAAGGACCUUCGUCGUUUUCUCCGGGUCCGGGGUAGACAGUUGAAAGCCGUGCCAUGACGUCGGAAGGAAGCCCCGUGAGCGACACGGCUCCCGAAAACCAAGAGCCUGAUCAGCAGAAUGUGGUCAGUCGAGUGGUCAGCCUCCCGUUGGUCAGCUCGACCUUCGACAUGGUCUCCUCGGCUUACGCCUCCACAAAAGAGACCCACCCCUACCUCAAGUCCGUUUGCGACGUGGCAGAGAAGAGUGUGAAGACCCUCACGGCGGCGGCUGUCGGCGGAGCCCAGCCUCUCCUAACCAAGCUGGAGCCUCAGAUUGCAACGGCCAAUGAGUAUGCUUGCAAAGGGUUGGACAAAUUGGAAGAGAAACUGCCUAUUUUGCAACAGCCGUCGGAGAAGGUGGUCGCAGACACGAAGGAGCUGGUCUCCACCAAAGUGACCGGAGCCCGGGACACUGUCUCCGGUACCCUCAACGGGGCGAAGGAUGCUGUCGCCGGUGGCGUGAGCGGGGUGGUGGAAAUGGCCAAGGGGGCUGUACACGGCGGCAUGGAGAUGACCAGAUCGGUGGUGGCUGGCAGUGUGAACACCGUCCUAGGGUCCAGAGUGGGUCAAAUGGUGGCCACUGGCAUGGAUGUGGUGCUGGGCAAGUCCGAAAAGCUGGUGGACCACUAUCUCCCGAUGACGGACAAAGAACUGGCUGAACUCGCCACCUCUGUGGAGGGUUUUGAAAUCGCCACCGUGGAGCAGCAGAAGGAGCAGAGGAGCUACUUUGUGCGACUGGGGUCUCUCUCGGCCAAACUCCGUCACCGAGCCUACCAGCACUCUCUGGGCAAGCUGAGGGAUGCCAAGCAGAGCACCCAAGAUGCCCUCGCCCAGCUCCACCAAACCAUUGAGCUGAUGGAACAUGUCAAACAGGGAGUGGACAACAAGCUACAGGGAGGCCAGGAAAAGCUACAUCAGAUGUGGCUGGAAUGGAACCAGAAGCAAGCUCAGAGUGAUGAGCCACAGCACUCCUUGGUGCGGCCAGAGGUGGAAUCCCGCUCUCUGGCCAUGCUCCGGGGCCUCACCCAGCAGCUGCAACUCUCCUGCGUGAACCUCAUGUCCAGCGUUCAAGGCCUUCCCGCCGGCAUCCAGGACAAAGUCCAACAGGUCCGCCACACUGUGGAGGGUCUCCACUCGGCCUUCUCCGGGGCUCGCUCGUUCCAGGACGUGCCGACCGCCCUCCUGAGCCAGAGCCGUGAGAAGAUCGCCAAGGCGCGCGGCUCGAUGGAUGAGAUGUUGGACUACGUGGUGCAGAACGUCCCCCUGCCGUGGCUGGUGGGGCCCUUUGCCCCCAACCUGGUGGAGCUUCCAGAUGUGGCGCAGGCCGAUGUCGAGGAGGCAGAGGGAGUUGGCUCCCAGGCCCAGGAAGAACCCGGCGAAAAGCCUAAGAGCCCGCAGAAGGAGCCCUCCGAGCCGGAGAAGGAACUGUAGAGCUUCUGUGCUGUGCGUUUCAAAAAUCUGCGGCGGCUGCAGAGAAUCCUUGGGAACCGUAGUAUUGCAGGAAAGUCGAGAAUACGGAACCUGUUAGCCCUCCAGAUGUUGUGGCUCUCAGCUCCCAGCAGCCCAGGAACAUCUGGAGGGCCAUACGUUCCUCGUUCCCCGUCUCAAAGACCUGGUGCUUUUUGAUUUUCUUUUUGCAGAACUACAGUUCCCAGGGGUUUCUGGGUGAGCAGAGGUUCAGACAGCGCCUGUUGUAAUUUAGAUGUGCCUUUUUGGAAUGCUGAAUGGUGGCGGCGGCAACAACAAAAAUUGGUCUGAACGGUGAGCCGCUUUGUGUGUUUUACAAACACAUCCCCCAUCCCCUAUAAAGAGAAUAUUGUCCUAUUCCCCCACUGCCACCACUUAGGGGCAUUUAAAGUCCCUCACAAAUAGCUCAGAACUCUGAAAUUUUGAAAUGGAAGGAGAAUUUUUGGAUUUUACUAUUUAAAAGGGGGGGGGAGAGAAAAAUGGUUUUCUCAAGCUAAGUUCUACUCAAGAGUUGACAGAUUGAAAUUAACAGUCCGAAGAAAUAGGUUGCAUCUACUGCUGGCCCUACUCAAGAGUAGACCCAUGCCCAGCCUGUCACGGUUCUACUUCCGAGUAGGACUGACUUGACUGCAAACCUGUUGAAACGACUGGAGCCAUGUGAGCCAUGGGCGUUAUUUUCAGCUAGUCUACUCUUGAGUAAGACUAACAUUGGCCAUCAUCUAACACGGAAUUGUAGAGUUGGAAGGGACAAACAGGGAUCCUCUAGCCCAGCCCCCUGCAACGCAGGAAACUUUUGCCCAACGUGGGACUCGAACCCACGACCCCUGGGAUUAGGGGGUCUUGUGCCAUAUCGACUGAGCUAUCCACAUGUGCCCUGUAAAUCUUGGUUUUCUAGGAUAUCGAAAGCGAACAUUCAGGAAAUCCCAAUGCUUUUAACGUAGGUUUGAACGACUGUUUUAACUAUUAGUGAAAUUAUCUCCUCCUUCACUCUUGCCUACCCUGUUGUGGCUUUCAGAUUUUGACAAUAUUUCUCUUCUCCGCCCGCCUCCUCAAUUUCUCAAGUUUCUUCCCAGUGCCAUGGGGGUGUCGGUAGAGGUCUCACUCUCUUCGCAUGCUGCAGAAUAAAAGACCCCACCACAUCAGCUCUUAAUGUGGUUCCAGCAUGAAUCUCGCGUAGCCUCCGAUGCUGUCCUGCCUUUUGUAACUGAGGGCUUCGCCACUAUUCCUCUAUUCCUGCCGCUGCUCUUUAGUGCUCAUUCAGAGCAAACAGCCAUUCAGGUUUCCAGUGGGUUGCUGUUUGUUCCUAUUUUGAGCCAAAGAAGAGCAGCAUUUGUGUUGUGUUUUCCUGGGAAAAGGAGAAAACCACUUGGAACUGUCCGAGUGCAGUUCAAGAGGAACUUUGAAUGAGCCCUGAAUCAACGCCGGCCCCGAGAAAUCCAGCCUGACUUCUGAAGUGCCGCUAACGUUUUUUGUACCUCCGUAGAAUUGUUUUUCUUCCAGAAUAAAGAAAUGACUUCUUUUGA